GAACCGCAUUUGGAUGGAUGGUAUUCCUGCCUCUCGUCCUGAUGCAGCAGGAUACUCAAACAGCCAACUGGUCGGCUCAAAUCGAACUGGAGCUUCAGGAACAGCCAGACAAGUUGGCCUAUUGCCGUUCGCUCCAGCAGCAGAAACUUCGUAUAUCGCUCGGAAACACUGGAUGUGCCUCUAUUUUGAACAACCAGCUCGCUCUGACAGGUGAAAUGCUACUCGAGACUCAACAGCGAUGCUGGUCCGGAUGGGAGCUCUUUGCAGGACGGUGCCGCAAGUUAGCCUGAAUCCAAAGACUUUAAGGUGUGCAUACAGAGUAAUAGGUAAAAUUUCCAACUAAAAUAAAGAACACAAU